GGGCUGUCACGUCUUCUGAAUGUGGAAAAAUACAAACAUGCUACUUCACAAAGCUAGCUGAUUAUUGAUAACGCAAAUGCUACUUUUUAAUAUUUGAAACUGAUAUUUGAGCAACUUUCAAAGCUGUAUUGCGUUUAAACUAGCCAAAAUUAUUUUUACUUGUAGUUUUUGUUGUGUAAAUGGGUGGUAAUUUAGAGGCAUGCUAACUGGCUAACGCUAAAAUGUUGUCUGAACUACUGCAGGGCAUUGAGACUGGAGGCUUUCUUGUAAUAAAAGAUUCUUGCAAUUAUUCUGGGAGACAUCUUCUGAAGAGCUUCAUCAAUGCUGCCUUAAACAGGACAGAGGUUGUACACGUUCUUGGCUUUGAUGUGAGUGAAGAAGAGUUGAAGGAUGGACUGAAAACAUCAGACACUCAGAGGCUACACUUUCACAAUGCUUACACAGACCCCCUCGGGUGGACUGAGCACCCAGCAUUCAUGGUCCACCAGUUCAGUUCCGAGGGCCUUACAGAUCUGGUCAAACAAWCGCCGCACCCCAAACCUGCGACACUAAUCAUUGACUCUCUGUCCUGGAUCCUGAGGCAUGUGAGUCCACCUGCUGUCUGCAAAACACUUCAGCAGCUCAGAAAAGGGGGAGCUGUGAGAGCUGUUAUCGUUCUGCUCCAUGCAGAUAUGCAUCAAAGGGGCACCGUGGGAAGUGUCUGCCACUUGGCUACUUCACUCGUCACCGUCUCACCUGGAGUCAAAAGAGACGAAGCCGUGGCAAAUAUCACCAAACGCUCAAAAUCUGGGAAAGUCAUGCAAGAUGAGGAGAUAUUCAGCAUCAAUGAGGAUUUCACUGUCACCGUUCACAGCAAACGCAAUAUUCCUGAACAGAGUUUAAACGACGCAGAGGAAGAGCAGGUGGACCCAACCGCUGACCUGACCUUCAACCUGCGGUUGUCUGAUUCUGAGCUGGAGGCCAAGAAGAAACUCACGCUGCCGUUUGUUUUCAGCAAGGAGAAGAAAAAAUCUCUGCUGCACUCAGGACCGGGUUCGGGACGGAUUCUGUACGAGCCGGACGCCAACGAUGACUAUGACCAGGAGGAUCCUGAUGAUGAUCUUGAUGUUUAAUAUUAAACAUGCUAAAACACA